AUGAUGUCCAGCCCAGCUUUGGAACUUCAAGUCGAGGAGACGCCUCUGGCUUUACGUCGUCUGUGGAACCUCACCCGCGCCCGUCUUGCCGGUACUUCAACCCUUGCUGAAGAACCCGCUUUAGUAGAAUCUCUGCCAUCCGCUCAGGAACCUGAAGGUACACCGAAGAGCUACAUUCCAGUCCCAAGCGACUAUGAAAGCGACGGCGAAGAGGCUUUCCCUGAAAUCGAUUUACUUGAGCAACCCGAGCUUCCAACCAAGCCCUACUGGAGUGAAAGCGCUUAUGAAAAGGAGGUUUUACUGGAUGCUAGCACCCUCGGCGAUGUUCCCGCUGUUUACCGAGUUCCAGCCCCAGCGCCUCAUCAAAUGCCAGUUAUCGGAGUCUACAUCGACCCACGAGUCCGAACCGGCUUCAGAUACAAAAUUAGACCCAUGCAGGCUUUGGAUGCCCCUCCUCUAUCGGUCAAGCCAAGAUACUUGUUCGGUGAAAAGGCUCUUACCCUGCAAUCCAUUGGCCGUGGCUUUGCUCGCCGGCUUACAUUCGAGCCCGUUGAUUCCACCCUGAAUGAAAAUAACAACUAUUUCUGGACCGAUUCAAACCCAGAUGGCUUUGUGUUUGAGAUUGAAGCUGUUUCCGUUGGUGAAAAGUUUACUAUCUAUGACGCCAACCAUGAACCGCAAGGAAUUCUGGAAAUUGUCCAGCAACAGAAGAAUCAAAUUGAACUGGAGCAGAAGAUUUCUGAAGAUGGAACAAUUGAGAAAAAAGUGAAAAUAAACACUCUCUGCAAAGUUGAGUGGUAUGAAAAUGAUGGUAUCACAAAACUCGUCCCAGUGACUGGUGUAGCCAUUCUGGUGAAAGGGAAAGGAAAUGCAGUUGUCACAAGAAUUGUUAAUGUAGCUAUUGGAAUUAAGCAGCUCAAGAAGGGCUUCGAGCUGAAACCAGGUGUUAAGUCUUCUUCAAGAAGGAUCGCUGUGAAUGGAUGUGACAUCCAUGACAUUCCAUGUCAAUAUUCAGUUGUUGGCCUUGAAAGAUACGAAUUGCCCGUCAUAGGAACAUAUGUCGAUCCUCGCAUCAUUCCCGGAUUCCAUUACCGCGUAAGACCGGCGAAUUGCAGGCGCCAUUUGUUUGAAGGCCGAAGCCUUUUGUUACAAUCGGUCGGAAUGGGUUACGGGAAACGUAUCACAUUCAAACCAGAUACGCUGAACGCUCCAGAGAACUAUUUCUGGUCGGACUCCCACCCCGAGGGCGUUGGAAUGGAACCACGAGCCGUUCAUCCAGACAUGAAAUUCUAUAUCACAGGAAAUGGGGGCUUGCUUGGCGAGGCGAGUGUAUUCCGCGCUGAUUUACCGCAAGUCGAGGAAAAGACGGAAUACGUGGAUGUGCCAGGAAAGAAGGGUAAAGCUGUCGAGAAGUACAUCCAAGUUGAUGUCACAUGUCACGUUAAAUUGGCGACAACAGGCGGUGGAUCGGUUGAUUCUGAAGUGCAUCUGAUGAAAGUCUCCGGAACUGCUUUGGUUCGCAAGGAACCAGGCGAAUCUUCUGCUAAAUUAAUCAAAGUAUUCAACGUCGGUCUGGAUUCCCAGCUGAACCUUCUCUUCGCCCACUCACAAACCGAGCUCACUUUCCACCCUCUACCCUAA